AUGGAUGGAUCCGAUAGCAGCUCGCUCGUGGUGCCCCGCCUCCCCGACGACGCCCUCGUGGAGAUCCUAUCGCGCCUCCGCGCCAAGGCGCUUUGCCGAUCCAAGUGCGUCUCCAAACCCUGGCGUGACCUCAUCGCCGACUGCCUCUGCUGCAAGGAUCUCCCCCGGACCCUGCAAGGGUUCCUCUACUUCUACGUCGUAAGCGACGACGGCAACGGCAACGGCAACGGCGACUGCGACUGCGACUGUGACGGCGACGGCGACGGCGAUGGUGACGGUGACGGCGACGGCGACGGCGAUGGCAAUGGCGGCGACGAUGGUGAUGCUGAUGCCGACGGCGGCGAUCUCUUCAGCGGCCGCGACGAGAUGCUGCUUCGCCACGGCCAUGGGCGUUUCAUCAACCUGCUAGGUAAACCUGUGUCACUGUUGGACCCCUCAUUCGCCUUCAUGAAGGAGCGGCCGGGCGUCGAGGCUGUCGCCCUCUUGGAUUCCUGCAAUGGCCUCCUCCUCUUUGGACACAGGCGGGUUUCAGACACGUACGACUCGCUGGGCUACAUCGUGUGCAACCCUGUCAUCGAGCAGUGGGUGGCGGUACCCUCCUCUGGCUGGACUCCGACUCCACCGGAAGAAAUUAAUGAAGACAAGUGGAACGUGUGCACCUUCCUCAUCUUCGACCCGUCUGUCUCCUCGCACUUCGACCUAGUGCAGUUCUGGCAGGAUGGUCUCCUUCAUCAAGUGGAAGGGGUGCACACCUACUCAUGUGUAACUGGGCUAUGGAGUAACAGGUCAAGCGAAUGGAGUGGACAGUGUGGUGGAUGGGGGAUAUGGGGAUACGGCGCAGACAUAAAAUCAUCCGAACGUGGCAGGGCCUUAGUCAAUGGCAUGCUGCAUAUUCUCAUCCACCAAGUGGGGAUAGAUGUGUUUGAAAUAGUUGCACUGGAUAGCCAAGGGGGACAUGCAGGGUCAUUGAAUGGCCAGAUGACCUCACAGGGGCGCCUUCACUGUGUUAGUCCAUUGUAUGAGGGUAGUAGUACCAAGUCCUAUGGACUGUCCAUCUGGGUUCUCGAGGACUACGAUACAGAAGAAUGGGUUCUGAAGCACAGCCUGAGCCUUUGGCAUCUAUUUGAAGGAGUUGAUCCUCUAGGCCUUUUUCGUUAUAGUUUUGUUGGCCUUCAUACAGAUCGCAAUAUGAUGUUCUUUGUUCAUGACGAGGACCAGAAACUGAUAUCAUACGACAUGGAUAGCAGGGGGGUGCAUGUUCUAUGCACUAACUCCAGGGCAUGGUUCUCCUUAUGUUACCCCGUCAUGGCUCGACACGUGAGGGCAAAGAUGGGGGCACAAGCCAACCCACUCAAGGCCCACAAGUUGAUAAACUUGGGCCUAUUUGGGUUCUGCCAGAGUUCAUCUUCCUUGAAGCUUCCCUUCUAG